AUGCCGAUUGAGGAAAGUCAACAUUCUCUGGCAAUGUUUCGAACAUUAAUCCAGUGUCUUCAAACUGAUUAUCGAUUGCAGGUGAGAAGCAGCAGCCAAGUUCAAACAACACCAGAUACGAGCUCCACUACUACCACUACUGCAACAACUACCACUACACCUAAAGAUACAGUGGUCAAGGGGACGUUAAGCAAUGCUGGUGUCAUAAAUGCUCGGUCAUCCCUUCAAAGUGUAAGCCAUCGAAAUGAGACUGGCGAGGUAGAGGACAUUCUCGAGGUGUCAGGCAUCCGGACUUUGUCAUCUGCAAAGCUGCUGUGCUGGAUUGAGAGCUGCAUGCCCUAUCGGCGACCUGUUCGAUGCUCAGUUGAAUAA